ACGGGGGCGAGAGUAUCAUUGGUGUUCACUGUUGUGACUGAGCAUGGAGCACUGGUGAUGUUCUUCCCAUCAGUUUGUGAGCGGGCUUUGAAGGACAUGCUGGAGAGGCAGCUGAGAGAGGGUGCUGCUGCUGCUGCACACUGCUUGCUCCAGCGUAUCUAGACUGCUUGCCCCAAUAACCAUGGAAGGACAGAGAGCCUUGUCUCACCCUGCUGCACUGAUUGUGAUAUGUCUCUCCUUUUGCGGUCAUCUAUGUUCCUCGGAAGACAGCGAGUGCCUAUCGGAGCCAUGCCAGAACAAAGGGAGUUGCAUAGCUGGCCUGGACAGCUACACUUGCCAGUGUCCACGGGACCCUCUCAUCUACUUUGGGAAGAAUUGCGAGCUACUGUUUGACGCCUGCCGCUUCCCGCUAUGCAUGAACAACGGCACAUGCCACACCACACUGGGAAGCCUGCAGUACAACUGCACAUGUUUACCUGGCUUUGCAGGUAGUCAAUGCAGUGUAAAUAUAAAUGAGUGCGAGAGCAAUCCUUGCCCAGGGCUUCAUGUGGAUUGCGUAGAUCAGGUGAAUGGAUAUAGUUGCCGGUGUUCUCCCGGGUAUGAAGGGGAAAACUGUACAACAGAAACCAAUGAGUGCCUUGCCAACUCAUGCAAGAACAAUGGAACUUGCGUGGAUGGGAUUGGAGAUUACACUUGCGAAUGUCAGCCUGGUUACACAGGGGUUAGCUGCGAGACCGACAUUGACGAGUGCGCGUCCAGUCCCUGUUUGAACGGGGCUCUGUGUAUUGAUGCGGUAAAUAUAUAUAGAUGCUUCUGUGUUCCUGGAUAUCAGGGAUCUAACUGUGAGAUUGACAUCAACGAAUGUGCGUCCAGGCCUUGCAGGAACGGUGCUACCUGCGUUCAUGACGUGGAUCGAUACUUGUGUGUCUGUCCUCUUGGCUACCAAGGUCUGAACUGCGAGCUUGAGAUAAAUGAAUGUGAGUCUAACCCUUGUCAGAAUGGUGCCCCGUGCAAGGACCAUGUUGCAUCCUAUGGCUGCGCCUGCCCUGCUGGUUACGAAGGGGUUAACUGCGAGGUAGAUGUCGAUGACUGUGCCAGCAACCCAUGCGCCAAUGGAGGGAAGUGCAAGGACCUGACCAACGGGUACACAUGUGACUGCGAGGACACGGGAUAUCUAGGCACCAACUGCGAGGUUGACAUCCUGGAGUGUGCUUCUGACCCCUGCCUCAACAACGCCACCUGCCAGGAAGGGGUGAAGUCCUACGCCUGCCUGUGCUGGCCAGGUUACACCGGCCUUCACUGUGAAAUCGAUAUCAAUGAAUGCACAGCGGAACCUUGUAUGAAUAAUGGCACGUGUUUGGAACGCUCCGGGCAAGAUUAUUAUGGCACUCUCCCGCUUUUCACCCCCGCUUUCAGUUACGCCAGCGCGUCCGGCUACGUUUGCCUCUGUGGGCAAGGGUUCACAGGAGAAAACUGUACGAUAAACAUUAACGAAUGUGCAUCCGGCCCUUGUGAGAAUGAUGGCACUUGUGAAGACCAAACCAACGGAUUCUACUGCCUAUGUGCACCUGGAUUCACAGGGGUGACGUGCCAGGCCAACAUCAAUGAAUGCGAGGGGGAUCCGUGUGAAAACGGGGGUGUCUGUGAAGAUGGUGUGGCGGACUUCACCUGCCACUGUCCCCCCAGGGACGAGGAGGGAGUGGUGUGGGGGGGGAAGAGCUGCUCGGUCGAACUGACCGGCUGCCUGGAGCACAAUUGCCACAACGGGGCCACGUGUGUGCCCCUCCUGCUGCAAGAGAUCCACACCCACCUCUGCAGCUGCCCUCCCGGCUUCUACGACGCUUCCUGCUCAACCUCCACCACCUUCUCCCUGUCCGACGGCUUUGUGGUCGUGCAGGGGGCCGAGGCUGGGAACGGGACCAGCAGACGUACGGCCGACGACUCGAUCAGUAUCAGCGUGAGCUUUCGGACCACCCUGCCGCACUCGCUGCUGAUAUACCGGGGCAACCUGCUGGACGAGUACAUCCGCGUCCAGAUCUUCAGCGGCAAGCUGAUGUCUAUGGCCACCAUAAGCGAGCAGAUUCUGGGCAUCUCCUUCAGCCAGUCGGUCAAUGACGGGGCCUGGCACGAACUGAGGGUGAUCCUGGGCAAGAACCUGCUGGUGAUGUUGACACAUCCAGCUUGUCCAAACCAGACUUGCUCGGACUCGAAGCCCAUCACAUCGGCCACUCUCCCCCCGCUCAACACCUUCCAGACGACGCACAUCGGCGGCGAAUACGGAACGUACUUUUCAGCUCAGGAGAACUUCACCGGCUGCAUGCGGGAUUUGGAAAUCGAUAACGAGCCCAUACUGCCACAGACCAUCUCCGACAAUCUGGCGUGGAAUUUCAAGCUGGGCUGUGAGAAGACGGACUGGUGCGAGCAGGACCCCUGUCACGGCAACGGGAAGUGCGUGGACCUGUGGACAAGCUACAUCUGUGAAUGUUUCCGACCGUACGUGGGUCCAACUUGCACCCAAGAAUACAAGCCGGUGACCUUCAGCCACAACAACUCCAGCAGCUCCGCAUCUUUCGUCAUCACGAAUAAUCCAGGCUCCAAAUUUGUUAUUUCGUUUUAUAUCCGUACACGGAAACCGAGCGGCCUGAUCUUGCAGCUCCGUAAUGCCACGGCACCCUACCUCUCCGUGUACCUGAAGAACGGUGACAUCUCCUUCAAAGCCCAAGGCACCAAGCUGGCCUCCACCAUACACCUGGUCGACGGCACGAGACGCCUUGUGGAAAUCCACCUGAAUGACGGCUGGCUGACGGUGAAGGAAUCCAAAGUCGUUAUGUUGGAGGGCCUGUUGCCCCGUGUGGCCAUUCACCCGCUCGAUACUAUCCACUUUGGUCAUUAUACGGAGGAGGAUUCUGCGCUCUGGGGAGGACCUUUCAAAGGCUGCCUGCAGGACGUUAGAAUCAACGAUAAUCUACUGGAGUUUUUCCCGAUGAAAAUCAAGAACCAUACCACGUGGCCGGGAGCUUACACCAAUAAAACACUUGUGAACGUGCUGAAUAAUUGUAUCAGUGAUGAUUCCUGCAAGGCAGCUCCGUGCCACCAUGGAGGGACGUGCAUCGUGACCUGGAACGACUUUGAAUGCAAAUGCCCGCGGCAGUACACGGGACGGACCUGCGAGGACAUCGUCUGGUGUAGGACUGAACCCUGUCUUUCCGGGAGUCACUGCCGGGAUCUUCCCGGUGGAUACGAAUGUCAUUCCAACGCAACCUUUCAGGGUAAAAACCCAAUUGUUUACCUCGGCAACGAGUUGAUCACACGAGACCUCAGCAGUAUUUCGGUGAACUUCAAGACCAGAGAUACAGCUGCUGAUCUUCUACAGGUCAACCAUGGUGCCGAGUCCUUCUGGCUUGGAUUACACGACUCCCAGCUGCAGUUUAAGUUGUACAGUGGGAACAGCGUGGAAGGCCUUGCAAUGGCGAGCACCGUCAACACCUCGGAUGGACAGUGGCACUCGGCCCUCGUCACCAUGGAGACACCUUCGAAGGCGUCGUCAAGGUGGAUCAUUGUGUUGGACGGGAAGUCCAACGUCACCAGCACCGUCACCACGGGGAACAUCAACUUCCUUCAGGACAACGCCACGGUGACACUGGGCAACAACUUUACCGGGUGCCUGGGAGUGGCCAGAAUUGGCGGCAUUUACCUCCCUUACAUGAGGCACAAGAUCCUCACGAAGACGGGGCAGUUUGCCAUGGUGAGCGGUUCCCCGGCAAGGAUCGGAUGCUUUGGCGGGGAGGUGUGCACCCCUAACCCGUGCCUGAACGAGGGAAAGUGCGAGGACCUGUUUGACCUUUCCCGGUGCCAGUGCGUGGAGGGGUGGGAGGGAUCCCGGUGUGAGCACAGUGUGGACAACUGCGCGUCCACGCCUUGUGUCCGGGGCAACUGCAGCAACUCCCCGCAAGGCUACAGGUGCGACUGUGAGCUGGGCUACACCGGGCCGGACUGCGACAGCAAUGUGGAUGACUGUGCGGACCACCAGUGUACAAACAACGGCAGCUGCAUCGAUGCUCUCAACUCGUACCACUGCAAGUGUCCGAGCCAAUUCACCGGGAGAUAUUGCGAUUUUGUCUCCAAUAAAGUGCGAGGAAGUGCAGAGAAGGUUCGUCUGUGGGAUGUCGGCGAGGAAAGGCUGGAUAGAGUCGCACCGCUAUGGACCCUGGGGGGAUCUUAUAGAAACUUACAAAAUUGUACCUGCGCGCCAGGCUUCUCCGGAGAAAGGUGUGAGGUUGAAGUCAAUGCAUGCGAGUGCAGUCCGUGCCAGAAUGGGGCCACCUGCCAGAGCAUGGCCAACUCCUUUAAGUGCGUUUGUGCAGCUAACUAUGCGGGGCAACGGUGUGAGCUUGAUAGAGGGAAGAAGGCGGACUCCAUCCCGCUGUUGGCGGUGGCCGUGCCCGUGGUGUGCGGCAGCGUGCUGCUCAUCGUCAUCGCUCUGAUCUUCGUCGUUCUCACCGCCCGCAAGAAGCGGCAGACAGAAGGGACGUACAACCCGAGCCAGCAGGAGGUGGCGGGAGCGAGGCUGGAGAUGGACAGUGUCCUGAAGGUGCCUCCUGAGGAGCGCCUGAUAUAAGCGUCUGCCUGGACUCAUGAGAGGAGGCUCCUGCUUGGCCUGUUCCACUACACAGGAGGCAUCCAUCCCCCAGCUCCGUGCUUGCCUUUGACCAAACCGAACUGAAUUGAAAGAAACAACGUGGAAAUAGGCCCUUCGGCCCACCGAGUCCAUACCGACCAUCGCCCACCCGUUCUAUGCUGUCCCACCUUCUCAUCCACUACCUACGCCCCAGGGACAAUUUUCAGAGGCCGAUUAGCCCACAGACCCGCACGUCUUUGGGAUGUGGGAGGAAACCGGGGCACCCGAAGAAAACCCACGUGGUCACAGGGAGAACGUGCAAACUCUAGUUCUGCGUUAUCCCACUUUCUCAUCCACUCGGUGCGAUUAACGGAAGUCAAUCAACCUACAAACUCAAACCUCUCUGGUAUGCGGGGGGAGAAUCCACGUGGUUACCGAGAGAACGUGCAAACUCCACGCGGACAGCACCCGAGGUCAGGGUCGAACCCGUGUCUCCGGGGGCCCUGAGGCAGCGGCUCUACCCGCCGCAUCACUGCGCCGACUGCUGAUGCAUCAACCCUCUCAUCCUGGGGACCUGCGUCACCAAGAGGUUGAUGAGAACUCGACCACUCCUGGCAAUGCACCGUUCGCACGGCAAUUGCAGCGAAUAACAGGUGGAGGAAGGAACUGCAGAUGCAGGUUUACACCACACGUCGACACAAAAUGCUGGAGUAACCUGUUUUCACACCUUACACAUCCUUAUCUCUUGCGUCCCCCUCUCCCCUGCCCCUCAGUUUGAAGAAGGGUCACGACCCGAAACGGCACCCGUUCCUUCUCUCUGUAGAGAUGCUGCCUGUCCCGCUGAGUCACUCCAGCAUUUUAGAAACAUAGAAAAUAAGUGCAGGAGUAGGCCAUUCGGCCCUUCGAGCCAUCACCGCCAUUCAAUAUAAUCAUGGCCGAUCAUCCAGAAUCAGUACCCCGUUACUGCUUUCUUCCCAUAUCCCCUGAUUCCGUUAGCCCGAAGAGCUAAAUCUAACUCUCUCUUGACUAUAUCCAGUGAAUUGGCCUCCAAGGCCUACUGUGGCAGAGAAUUCCACAGAUUUACUACUCUCUGGGUGAAAAAGUUUUUUCUCAUCUCAGUCCUAAAUGACGGUGGAAUCUAUACGUUCACUCAUUUAAAUGUUUACUGUAAUUUGGUUCUUAAUUGAAUUACUUUUAAAUAGAAAAUUCUUUGUAGCUUUGAAAUUUAAGUUGAUUGAAACUAAGUCUGUGCCAUGCGUUGAUGGAGGGAUUUAUUUACACAAAGCACAAAGUGCUGGAAGAACUCAGCGGAUCAGGCAGCAUCUGUGGAAGUGAAGGACAGAGGAUGUUUCCGGUGGGGACUAAUUGAUGGAUCCUCACUCCACCACCUCUUUGUUCCAGCUUUCUCUCCCCCCCCCCCCACCCCUCGUACUCCCAUCAGUCUGAAGAAAGUUCCCGACCCAGAAACGUCAUUGGUCCAUUUCCCUUCACGGUUCCUCCAGCACUUUGGCUGUUGGUCCAGAUGGCAGCAUCUGCAGUUCCUUUUUCUGUAAGUAUUUAUAUGUUUUACUGGGAGAGAUUCAGCAUUAACACUGGGCAAUGCUGCACUUUAUGCAAAAGGUAGAAGUCACUGGAUCCCACACCACCAUCUUCUGCUCCCAUGUCUGCUAUGAACAAGUGCGUGCACAGCUUGAAAGCACGAACUCUGUGGCAUCAGCUGUUGCCCCGGUCUGGCCGCCUCCUUGCGUUUUCUAUCUACAAACUGCAGCUGGGUGAAGAAACUGCCGGAAAUAGGCUCCAAUGAGACGCAUUGCUGGAGCCCAGAUACACAUUCCACAACAAGGUCAAUACACUGUAUAUUUCUCAUGCCCACUUUACUUAACGGUGGCAGUUCCACAGCAGAAAGCGUCUUCCUGUAGAACCAACGUUGCCAUUAUAACUGGCCGUGUGGCUGUAGUUGAGGAUAGUUGACUUUGAGUUUAGUUUAUUGUCACAUGUACCAAGGUAGAGUGAACACCUGUUGUUGCGUGCCAACCAGCCAGCGGGAAGAACAUACAUGAUUACAACCGACCCAUCCAUCUAAAGACACAUGAUAAAAGGAAAAACAUGAAUAAUGUUUAAUUUAGUCCAAGAUAAAGUCCAGUAAAGUCCGAUCAAAGAUAGUGCACGGACGGGUCUCCAAUGAGGUAGAUGGCAGCUCAGGACUGCUCUCUAAUUGUUGGUGAUAGGAUGGUUCAGUUGUUGGUUGUGGUGGUCACCAUGAGGGGGAAAAAAGAGAUGGCUAAACUCAGGCACUCAGUCAGCAGGGAACAGGUGGAGCAAGGACAGACACAAAAUGCUGCAGUAACUCGGCAUGUCAGGCAGCAUCCCUGGAGAACGAGAAGUGGCGACCUUUCAGGUCGGGACCUUUGCUCAGACUCAGCAAGAGACGAGGAACAUCAUUCGGCCUCCACCGACAGAAAGGCUCACUGGACUUUGGAAAACAGAAUCAAAGGGAUUGAGGGCAGUCGAUGGGCUGAGCUGGUAAAGAGUGACCGGGAGUGAUGUAGCUGGAGUGAGUGACCAGGCUGGGAGUGGUGUAGCUGGGGUGAGUGACCAGGCCGGGAGUGAUGUAGCUGGGGUGGGUGACCAGGCUGGGAGUGGUGCAGCUGGGGUGGGUGACCAGGAGUGGUGCAGCUGGGGUGAGUGACCAGGAGUGGUGUA